UUUUAAAAAGGCUCUCUUGUUCCUCCCUCUCCUCUCUCUCUCUCUCUUUCGAACUCAACUGCCGCUCCGUGUUCGACUCGCGUUUUUAGCAGUCUUAGCAUCUAAGGAGACGAAUCACCCGAGACGCAGAUAAAAUAUACAUUUAUAUAGAGAGAGAACUGAAGAGAGAAAAAAAAAAAAACCAAAAAAAUUUUACACGCGUAAAUACACUAUGCAGAUAGAGGAAUCGAUCGGUCAAUUUCUUUAUAUCUUUGAAUUGCCAUUGUGGAAUUGAUUUUCCUCAGACUUUGAAAUUUUCCUUCUCCGAUUGUGAGGAUUCGGGUUGUCAUUUAAUUUGGGCGCUUCUCGAAUUGAGAUCCCGUAGUUUGAUUUUACGUCGAAGGAAUCCUCGGAUUCCUUGUCGUUUGCCGCCGGUUCCCGGAAUUGUUCUUUUUUGGCGAUCGUGGCCGAGUUCGGGUCGUCGGAAUUGGAAUUGCGUUGUUGUUUUCCGAGGUAGAAAGGGGCUCGGGAUGAGCGAUGUUGACCUUCGCAGUAGGUUUGUGAUGUAAUAUGGAAGUGGUGGUAGUGGUGCACACAGACGAAGAAGAUGUCGCUUUACAUUGGUCGCGAGGCUUCAAAGCUAUGGAAGAGAAUUUGUGCAGAGACUACAGCAGAGAUCAAGCUUCUUGCCGAGAAUUGGAAGUAUCUUCUUGGAGGUCUAAUUUGUCAGUACAUCCAUGGACUGGCUGCUCGAGGGGUUCAUUACAUACAUCGGCCAGGACCGACUCUACAGGACGUUGGGUUCGUUCUUCUUCCGGAACUUGGUCAAGACAAGGCUUACAUCAGUGAGACAGUAUUCACUUCCAUCUUUAUGUCUUUUGUCUUGUGGACUUUCCAUCCGUUCAUUUUAAAGAGCAAAAAGAUCUACACUGUGCUAAUAUGGUGCAGGGUCUUGGCUUUCUUAGCUGCUUGUCAAUUUCUUCGGAUUAUAACUUUCUAUUCUACACAACUUCCUGGUCCAAAUUAUCACUGUCGGGAGGGUUCAAAGCUUGCUACGCUUCCUCGCCCUGAUAGUAUUGUAGAAUUUCUAUUUAUGAAUUUUCCUCAGGGAAUACUUUAUGGUUGUGGGGAUCUAAUAUUCUCAUCGCAUAUGAUAUUCUCUCUUGUCUUUGUUCGGACAUAUCAAAAAUACGGCACACGAAGGUUGAUCAAGCAAUGUGCCUGGUUAGCUGUUAUCGCCCAAAGUUUCUUGAUUGUUGCGUCUCGCAAACAUUACACAGUUGAUGUUGUCGUGGCUUGGUACACCGUGAAUCUGGUGGUGUUCUUUGUUGACAGAAAAUUACCAGAAUUGCCUGACCGCUCUGGUUCAACGGGAUUUUUGAUACCAUUGACCAAGGACAACAAGACUAGAGACGAGAACCUCAAACUUUUGAAUGGGAAUUCUGGAGAUCUUGCAGACAAGAGGCCAAGAACCCAAAUAAGUGGGAAGAUAACAGAAGACGGAAACACGGUGCACGGUGAAGGGUUGAUGAAUGGGGGAUAGAUUUAGAAGUGUUAUUAGCAGCAGCAGCAGCAGCAGAUCAAUUAGGAACAACUACUUCGACUUACAAGUCUGUUUAUAUGGAUGAAUCCGCCCUCGUCUCCACUGUCUGGUAAAUUUUGAUUUGUAGAGUAGGAAUCAAAUCUCAAGUGAUGCUUCUUAAUACCCAUUGUCUUGAUCCUAAUGGUUAAUCACUUGAUGUAAACAUCAUAAUGUAUCAUGGAAUUAAAGUAAGUUUCUUAAUUGAUGCAAUUAUUAUUAUAUUC